AUGCCUCUCAACAUAAGCUACGACGAGAUCUGCUCGAAAUUCGACCGACUCGUCUCUAAUGGAAUCAUUGUCUAUCAGCCCAGCCACACGGUCGCGGUUACCGACAACGGCAUGCUUUUCUGUUUCCACGUGGUUGAAGGUCUAAAGAAGAAGCCACAAGCGGGAGAGGGGCUUCAAAUCCCUUCGGCCAACUCGGCCACUGUAGCCGAUGAAGCCAACGUUCAUCCUAAAACAUUCGGCCCUGGCAGCGAUCUGGCAUACGACCACCCCGAUGAGUGCAUCACCCUUGUCAAUGGAACACAUUACCUCGUGAUCAACAAAUUCCCGGUCUUUCGACCCAUGCUCCUCCUGCUGACGACGGAUUCCUACCGCCGCCAAAAUGAGUCCCUUGACUUCGCGGAUAUCGACGCUGCAUGGAGUCUGGUCCAGGGACUGGAACGAGAUCACUUUGCCUUUUUUAAUUGUUCAGAGCUUGCGGGAUCUAGUAGGGCCCACAAGCAUCUGCAGGUUAUUCCAGAACCAAGUUUGCAAGAGGGGUAUUCGGAAGGAUUCAAGUUCUUCCCAGACUAUGAUCCAGAGGAAGAAGCAACUGUGCCGCCUUUCGUUCACUUCUUGCAGCGAUUCCGAGAUCUACGUGAAGGUCACAUCACAAGCAGCGACCAAUUGUUGUGGGUCUAUCAGCGACUGUUGCAACAGACGCGCGAGUCGUUGAAAAUCGAUCAGGAUCCAUGCCCCCACAAUGUGGUCCUUACGAAAAGGUGGAUCGUGAUAGUUCCGCGAACAACCAAGGUAUUUAAGGGUAUAACAUCAAAUGCACCGGGAAUGCUGGGGUCAGUCUAUAUCUCCAAUCAUGAUCAGCUCCGUGCCUGGAAGGAGGUUGGUCCUACAAAGGCCCUAGCCGAACUAGGCCUGUCCAGUUCAAAUUCCCGAAAAUAG